AUGACAGGUAUGGGGGAGAAUCAAGUAGAUGUCACCGGCUUGGUGAAGCGAUUCAGUCUUGAACGGCUGCUCAAUCAAGACCAGAACGACCGGCGUAUCUCGCUUCUCGGCUCCAUCGACGAUCAACCUGCCAUCCUGCUCGUGGAACGCGCCGCCUUCGCCGUCGACCAGGCUUCCUUGGCCUCGCUGUGCACUUCUCUUACUCAUGUAUCUCUCAUUAGUGCAAAUGACAUUUACCACUGGGCCCUCGCCUGUUCCCCGUCCUCGCCCGCCUCACCCGAUUUGAAGCUUACCCUUAUUUACCCAUGCACACCCCAACAUAUUGCUAAAUACUCAGUACAAUUGGUACGCAUGGUCACGGAGACACCAACCAUCUACCGGGAACAUGUCCGCCCUUACAUGUCUGGCAAACGUGAAGCCGGCCGUCUGAACUGGGUUUAUAAUAUCAUCGAGGGGCGCAAGGAGCAAGAGGAUGUGCUCUAUCGUCAUCAAGAUGAGGAGGAAGGGUUCCUGCUACUUCCAGACCUAAACUGGGACCGUAAGACAAUGGGUACACUUCGGCUGCUGACCCUUGUUCAGCGACGAGAUAUCUGGAGCCUGCGUGAUCUAAAGAAGAAACAUGUACCGUGGUUGAAGCACAUGCGAAAGCGCAUACUUGACAGCGUUGUCAAGGUCUAUCCUUCAAUGGAACGGGACCAGAUCAAGUUGUACGUUCACUAUCAGCCUACCUACUACCAUUUUCACAUCCAUGUGGUCAACGUCAUGCUUGAUGCGGGCAGUACUCAGGCCACGGGAAAAGCAUUUGGACUGGAGAAUAUUAUCUCCCAGCUUGAGACCAUUGCGGGCGAUGAAGAGGCCGGGAUGGCAGACAUGGAUCUUACCUACUAUGUAGGAGAGGCCAGUGAACUGUGGAUGAAUGUAUUUGCACCGUUGAAGGAGAAAUCAGUACCAUGACAACAUGGCCUCCUACAACACUACUAAUAGUUGCAUCGAUGGUGUUUACGUGCCAGUGUACAUGGAUCACCUUACCUGUCAUAGUAUUAGUACAAUAGUUGAAGCCAUAGAUGUCACUUGUGAAAUAUUCUGUCAAUGUCGUCAUCUUACAGGUUCAUAUCUCGUGUUCCAGGAAGGAGUCACUAUCACUUCGGGGUGCAUUAGCCGCGGUUUGAGGCUUGAUUCAGCAAAUAGAGAUCAAGAAUCCGUGGUUAAAAUAUGCGCAGCACUUUGAAUAUGCUCCGUUCCUUGAUGAUGUGGCCAUGGAGGCUACGUUGGAAUUGAUUGCAUCCCAAUACUCGCUUAAAGGAAAGCCGCUAAAUACUGAAUUUCCCGUGCACAAUUGUCUGCUAAGUCUUGGAGAGAGACGCUGAAACUACACGAAGCAAAUCGGGAUGUUUUCAUGAUACUCAAAAUUAAUACGUUAACUAGUUUGUUAUAAUAUGUCUGAAGAUUCAAUAGGCAGAUGUGGAUUCUACUUUAACUUUGCGAUAAAAAGGGUGGAGGGAAUGGUUAUAAAUACGGGGUAAGCGUUUACCCCAAUAUUAUAAGCAUAAAUUUGCAAAAUUCCGCAUGUAGCGUUGUUUUGCGGCUGG